AUGUCUUCUGGAGCAAUAUUAGUAACAGGAGGAACAGGAUUUGUAGGAACUUAUUGUGUAAUCCAGCUGCUUGAACAAGGAUAUGGUGUCCAUACAUCCGUUAGAGACUUGAAGAAGGAGGCCAAAUUACGUGAAGUAAUCAAAGCAAAUAGUAAUCUUGAUGAUGAAACCAUUAAUAAAAAAUUGAAAGUGUUUGAAGCCGAUGUUACCAGAGAUGAGGGAUGGGCAGAAGCAUUCCAGGGUGUUGAUCAUGUACUCCAUGUUGCGUCGCCCUUUCCGCUCACUGAACCGGAAGAUCCAAAUGACUUGAUAAUCCCAGCCAAAGAAGGUACAUUGCGUAUAUUGAGGUUUGCUACUUCGUUCCCGUCCGUUAACCGUGUUGUGCUUACAUCGUCUUUCGCAGCCGUGGGUUAUGGACAUGCUGAACGUUCCAAACCAUUCGACGAAAACGAUUUUACGAAUCUUGACGGAACUAAUGUAACGUACGUUAAGUCAAAGACAGUUGCUGAAAUAGAAGCGUGGAAGUUUGUUAAGAGUGAUGCCAAUACUCACGCGCAAAGUCCAAUUGCAUUAACCGUUUUGAAUCCAGCCUACAUUUUUGGGCCUCCUUUGAAGAAGAGUCCUGAUAAUUCGUCAUCUUUGAAAAUAAUUGACCUGUUACUCAAUGGUGCAUUUGCUGAUGGAUGCAAGAACAUGUAUUUAAGUGCCAUUGAUGUGAGGGACGUGGCUAAUAUUCAUGUUCAGGCUUUGCAGACACCAGAGUCAGAAGGGAAUAGGUUUAUCUUGAAUACCGGGGAAAACGUUUCACUUUUAGAGGUGGCUAAUAUUCUAGCUGAAAACUUGCCAGCUGAAUAUACGAAAAAUCUACCAACCAAGGAAUUAGAAGGGACUAAAGAUACUAAGAAGCCAUCGACUAAUGAGAAAGCCAAGAGAGUAUUUAAUUGGGAACCAAUUCCCUUCAAAGACGCACUUUUAGCAUCUGCAAAGGGAUUACUAAAUAUAUAG